GAAUUUCUUGCAUCGUUUCAUCAAUUCUCUGCCUUCAUCUACCGGUCUUCUCUUUCUCCAUCCUCUCUUCACGUAUUCGGUAUUCCACCAUCCCCAAUUCCUCCUUCCCCACAUUUUGCAUCUGAUUCUUCUGUUGGGAAAGAAACCGAAGGAGAAAUUUGGGGUUUUUUUUUUUUUUUUUUGGUUUUGAUUUCAAUGACUUUUUAUGAACAUGAGAAGAAGGGAGGGGAGGAGGAGGAGCUGGUUCCAAAGCUGAGGUUGAGAGUGGAGGGUGACGCUGCUGAUUGCAAAGCGGGGUGUGUGGAAUUGAGUGAGAGGUUGUUGGAGGAGGAAUGUGAAGCGGAAGGGGAGGGUUUGUGUUUAAAGAAGCUUGCUUUCUGUCCUGGAUGGAGAGGGUCUCUGUGGAAGUGGGUCAAGUUGGUUCUGUUGUUUGCGAGUUUAGGUUUGCUUGCUGUUGUUUUCCUCAAAUGGGUUGGACCCUUUUUUAUGGACAAGGAGCUAAUCCCAAUUAUAAACUGGGAGACAAGAACAUUUAGCACACCAGUGUUGGCAGUUCUGGUCUUUGCUUCAGUAGCAUUGUUCCCUACAUUACUUUUACCAUCUUCACCUUCCAUGUGGGUUGCUGGGAUGACAUUUGGUUAUGGAUAUGGAUUUUUACUAAUUAUAUCUGCAGCAGCUGUGGGCGUAUCACUUCCAUACUUUAUUGGUUCACUGUUCCUUCACAGGAUUCAAGGCUGGUUAGAAAAAUAUCCUAAGAAAGCUGCCAUUCUAAGAGCAGCUGGUGAAGGAAAUUGGUUUCAUCAGUUUAAGGCAGUAACAUUAAUCCGGAUUUCUCCAUUCCCCUAUAUCAUUUAUAAUUACUGUGCAGUGGCAACAAACGUUAGAUAUGGUCCUUACAUCUUGGGAUCCAUGGUCGGAAUGGUGCCUGAAGUUUUUGUGGCAAUCUACACGUAAGAUUCCCCACCCCAUCCUGUGGUGAAGCUUUUUAUAAUUUUAGUUGUUUUCAUCUCUGUGAUGUUUGUGCCUUUUAGUUUAUUUUUUAACCUUUGGCCCUUACACAACAUGCCUGCAUCUGCACAUACGUGUCUUUGCAAGAAUAUGUUUGUAAUUAUAGUCCACCACACCUUCUGCAUCUUCCUUAAUGCAAGAUGCAAAAUAGAGUUUUUCAUGCAAGAUCAAGCACACACAAAUAUUUGUUACUGGACAAUGGUUCUUAGAAGAUUGUACUCUCUUACACAUCCUGGUUAUUGUAGUGGGAUCCUCAUACAGACUCUGGCAGAUGCUUCACAUUCACACCAGGCUCUUUCAGCUCCACAGAUUGUGUUCAAUGUUCUUGGUUUUUGUCUAACAGUGGUGACUACAAUUAUCUUCACAGUGUAUGCAAAAAGGCAGCUCAAGGUAUUGCAGAACGAAGAAGAACCACUUUUGCAGUAACCUUAGUUUGGUUUAGGGAAAUCCUUCAAUCAAGCUAUGUCACAUUGGCUUCUUGAAACAUAUUAUAGUGCUUGAUGAAGUUCUUAUUAUUGAACAACUUCAUCCACUGGGGAGGGGAAGUGUCACAGUGUGUGAUGCAAUAUGUUGCUAUGUAUUAAUUGUGGAGUGACACGGGGAAACCAAGACAUAACAUCUAACAUCAACACAAAGGCAACUUUUUUCUUAUUGCAUUGAUUCAAGGAAUUGUUUUAUUUGUUGUCUAUUUCACCCUUCCAUAUUUGAGAUUUGUAUUGAAAGGUCGGUCUGCCUUCAAAGGGCUAACCUGGACAGUUUUGAUUUUUAUGUAAAUAUUCAGUAUGGGUUGCUGUAUAUGAAUUU